UCUUUUCUAUCUGCAACGACCUUACUACGCCGUCGUAGUAAGCUGCUUCUGCUUCUUCUUUUUCCAGAGUAAUUCGUAACUCCGCCCACAUCAUGUCACACGGAUUAUCCACUGCAGCGCAGUGAGGCGCGCUCAGGUAGAGGAACCUCCUCGGGAACGUGCUUUCUGGAGGCUGCGGCGUCGCGCAGCAACAGGUUCUGGACGGUCCGGUGUGGUGAAGGCUGAUGUGGGCCGCUGGUUCGCGGGAGAAGGCUGCUCAGUCAUUUUCCUUCCCUGUCUGAAGCUUUUAUCUGCGAAGAGAUGUGAAGGUCCGUGGAAAUAAAUAGGGAGUUUAUAAGUGUUCAACUCUGAGAAGGCGAAGAAGAAGAAGUCUGCAGAGAAGACAAGGAUUCCCAGUCGUGUGUGGGAUGUUAACGGACUGGAGGCGCGUUGAGGCUGAAGGAGCAUGGUGAAGCACCAACCCUUACAGGUCUACGAGAAGCAGGUCCUUCUGUCUUUGGUCACCGGCAUCUACGGUUGCCGCUGGAAACGCUACCAGCGUUCCCAAGACGAGAGCUCCAAGUGGGAGUGUGCAUGGUUCACCAUCCUGAGUAGUUCCUUCCUUCUCCUUCUCUUUUGGACCUACUUCUGGUUGGUGGCUCAGAAUGAUUUCAAUGACUUCAACUGGUCGGUGUACAAUCACUCUGGGGAGUGGAGAGACGAGACCAUUCCCAUCGUCACCUCCACCACUGUGGGAUUCAUCUAUAUCACAUUCCUCCUGAUUUUGGCACUUUUCCAUAUAUCCUUGGGUCAACAGCUCAACCUCUACUGGGUUCACAAGAUUGGAGUACUGGCCACUCUACUCACCAUAGUCUCUGGUUUUGUCUCUGUCGAUGAUGUCUGGGGAGAUGAGUGGGAAAUUAUUCUUGUUUCACUUCAGUUCACUGCUCCUUUCCUGCACAUCGGAGGCCUGGUCACACUCACAGCUGUGAGCUGGUUGAUAGCUGGCUAUGUGGUUCGCAAAGAGAGAUCCAAUUUCCAGGUGACUGUGUUGGCGAUCUACAUUCUAGCCCUCCUGGCUCUUUGCCUUGCACCUCUUACCUUCACCUGCCCCUGCAUUAUGGACCGCCAUGUCCUAAAACCACCACCGGUCAUUAUUGGUCGACGGGGAGCUCCAAUGCUGGCCCCUGAAAACACCAUGAUGUCCUUUAGCAGAGCCCUGCAGCACGGAGCCAGCUCUCUGGAAGCAGACGUCACCAUCAGUGUGGAUGGAGUUCCUUUCCUCAUGAGGGACCACACCUUAAGACGGACCACAGACGUCAGUAAGGUCUUCCCCUCCAGAGAGCAUGAGGAUGCCUCCUUCUUUAACUGGACAGAGAUUCACUCUUUAAAUGCAGGCCACUGGUUUUUGGAGAGUGACCCCUACUGGACAGUGAAAACCCUGAGCCCGAAGGAUCGCAGCCGGAUAGGAAACCUGACGAUUUGCAGCCUGGUAGAGAUGCUUCGUCUGGCAGCCAGGGCCAACAGCUCCGUGCUGCUCAACAUCCGCAAGCCUGCGCCGGAGCACCCACGCUUCCGCAGCUGGUUCAUGGACACGUUGUGGACGCUGCAGAAAGCAGGGAUUUCCCACAGAAAGGUGACAUGGGCCCCUGACACGGAUAGAGGACGGGUGCGAGGUCUUCUGCAGACAACAAACGAGAAGCUGUCAGUGGAGGAGAUAAGGCACAGAGGAAUUACAAGUCUGACCAUCCACUACAGAAAGAUCAGCCACCACGACAUUCAGUGGAGGAUAAGCGGCAUGCAGAACUAUAACCCAGAGCAGAUCAUGCUGAGCGCUGUGGUACGACGGCCCAGUCGAGACGUCAACAUCAUGAAGGAGAAGCUCAUUUUCUCAGAGUUGAACAACGGGCUGGGCAGCACGGAGGAGCUGUCUCUGUAUCCUGAGAACAGCCAUGUUAGAUAUUCCCACGGAGGCCUCAGCUGCUGAGCGACACAGAUGGCUACAGGAGCAGCUUGGAUUUCAGCUGCUUCAGAUUUCGUACUCUGAACGCGCUUCCCGACGGGGCAGACAAGAAUGUAUCCCUGCAGCGGUAGUGAAAUCACGAGCGUGUAGCUACCGUCACAAGCAUAAAUCAGUUGGUUCGCUAGUUUAAGUGUUAUAACAACGCUGUUUUUUUUUUUAAGAUCACUUUAAUGUUGUUCAUUUUAAACCACAUUCUUUUAAUGUAAUGCCAUACUUCCAUUAAAUCCAGCGUUUUUAUCCAGAAUAAAAAAAGAUAAAAGCGUCAUUAUCAUCACUACCAAAGUACUAAUUUAAAGUAUGAACAGUGUGCAGGUAUGUGCCUAUCACUUCAUGAAUUAAAGUACCAGCAUACAAAUAGCUGACCUUUAAAACAUUAAAAAAAUAAGACAUGAAGCUGAAAUUUAUUAUUAUUAUUUUAUUAUUUUUUAACAAAUUUACCCUAUUUUAAUCAAAAGUAGCCCAAACAGCUAAAACAUGACACUGGAAAUGAAUCCCUUACAGUGUACAGAGGACCCCCUUCGUGAACAGCUGAAAUCCACAAACACUGGAGGCUCCCUCGAGAAAUACUGUAAUAGUUCAAACACCAAAUAUACCUUAAUAUGCAUUAAUACUCACCAUGGAAACCGUCUCAGCACUACUGCAGAAAAUCGCAUCUACAAUCAAGACGACUUAAUCUCCUGUUUGUGCUGCUUUCCAAAAGCUAGCCAGUAGCGUCUCGGGUAGCGUUCCACCGAGGCGUCUCAGCUGCCCAACAAGCAUCUUUCCUUUGAAUGUUUUAGAUAUGCUCUACGAAAAAUCCUCAAAUAAAUACAUUUUCUGUGAAUAGAUUCUAGUAAGCUCGCACAGAAAACUCCAGGAAUCGGUCAACCUGCAGCUGUGAGUAGGAGGGGGUCCCUCUGUGUCGUUUGUUCUGAGAAAGUUGUACAACAGAUUUUUUUUUUGUCAGAUUCAUUUCUUUUAAAUCCAAACUAGACUGAAAAUUUGAGUUGUUUUUGUUAAUAACUGAUGUAGAUAUAACUUUGUUUCAGAGGAUUUAAAAAAAAAAAAGGUUUCAACAG